GCAAGACGCCGACACAGGACAACUUUUACCCAGGAGCAACUGAGGGAAUUAGAAACAGCUUUCUCCAAGAGUCAUUAUCCAGAUAUUUAUUGUCGUGAAGAAUUGGCCAGAAUUACCAAGUUAAACGAGGCCAGAAUACAGGUAUGGUUUCAAAAUCGACGAGCAAAAUACAGAAAACAAGAAAAA